ACGUGCGCCUGACAAACGUGUUUUUGUUUAAAAAACAAUUUAGAAGCGAUUUAUAAAGUAUGGAAGAUGCUCACCCAGAGGAUGUGCCAGCCAACAGCUUGGUCACAGAUGUGGAGGCAGCAGCGCACCUAACUACGGCAGACGAGGCCACUAAUGCAGAGAUCGUCGUGACCGAAAUGGUGCACACAAAAGCAGCAGCUGUUGAGGCGGAAACAAAUAAAAGUGAUUCAACAACCGUUGUUGAUGAAUUAACCACAAAUACGAAGACCACAUCUCAAAUAGAUGCACACAAAGAAAACGCAGCCGAGACCUUGAUAAGCAGCCAGGUGGAAGCACUUGCUAGGCCCCAAACAGUAGAAAGUCUAAGUGCUGUGCCUGCUGAGUCAGUAGAACCAAAACUGCCUAUAAAUAUCACAAACCCAGUUGACGCAGAGCUGAGCUGCGAGGGAAUAGGUGCUAAUCCUCAAGUGGAACCCACAACGGCCGCGACUGCAGUGAUUGAUGCAGAGAUGAGCAAUGAGCCAAUAGUUGCUAAUCCUCAAAAGGAACUUUCAACCGUCUCGACUGCAGUGCUUGAGGCAGAGCUGUGCGUUAACGAAAUCGUUGCUAAUCCUCAAGUGGAACUCACAACACCCUCGACUGCAAUUCCUGAUCCUCAAUCGGCAGUGACAGCCCUUGCCACUGAAGUGAUUGACACAAUGAUGAGCACUGGGGAUGGUAAUCCUCAAGUGGAUCUCACAGUAGUUGGUGAUCCUCAAGUGGAACUCACAAACGCUGUAACUGCAAUGGAAUACGAAACGUUGCCGGAGGCACCAGCAAACACGGCAGCAGCGAAACCAUUAAACGGGCUCAGCUUGCUGGCUGGCUACGGCUCUGAUGCGGAUUCAGAUGUGGAGGAUGUAACCCAAAUAGAAGAUAGCGACAACGAUGAUAUAGUUGAGGUGCCCGUCAACAGUUCCAGCAUACGUCGUCGAGUUGUUCCCGCGAGCUCGGAUAGCGACAGCAGCAGCAGCAGCAGCGACUCGGACUCAAACUCUGAGGCCGAAUAUCUCACGGUGCUGCGCAAGAAAAUAGAGAAGCGCAUCAAUACCGUGGAUUGUGAUGAUGAUGAUGACGAUGAGGAUGUGGAGGAUGAUGCACGACCGCGUCGUCGUCAGCCGCCAAAAGUGCGCGGCGAGAUGCUUUUGGAUGAGCUGCCGCCCAUACAUCAGCUUGAGAUAACCGUGCCGGAGGAUGAGUGCAUUGAGCUGGGCAAGGUGCAUUCGAUAGUGGAUCAACUGGUGCUGGUUAGUGUGUUGCCCAAUUCGAUGCUCUUCGAUUUGGACACUGUGCUGUUUCUGGAAAAGGGACGCAAAGUGCUGGGUCAGGUGUUCGAUGUGCUCGGCCAGGUGGCCGAUCCGCUCUACUGUGUGCGCUUCAAUACCAAUCAGCAGAUUAAGGAGCGCAACAUUAACAUUGGCGACAUUGUCUACUGUGCGCCGCAGACGGAGCACACACAAUUCGUUAUACUGUCCAAGCUGAUGCAGGUGCGCGGCUCGGAUGCAUCGUGGGAGCAUGAUGUAGAGCCGCCGGCGCGUUUCAUUGAUUACUCCGACGAUGAGGCGGAGCGGGAGGCGCGCUGGGAGCAGCGCAAGAAGCGACAACGUGAGCGCACCAAUUCCACGGACUCCGUGGAAACCACGGUGACCACAACGAACACCGAGGCAAGUGAGCAGCCGGUCGCGGCUCCUCGCCAACGUGGUCGACGCGCUCAACGCCAGUCGCAGAACUACUCAAAUGGCAAUCAGCCAAUGGACCAGCACAGUCAGUCCCGUUCGCAAUCGCGUGAGACGGAGUACAACUAUCAUCCCAGCUACAAUCCGGGCAGCUGGCACUCCAAUUAUUAUCACAAUUAUCAUCCGCCGGCGGCCAAUUUUAAUAUGAUGCCCGGCAUGGCGUUUCCCAUGCCCACACAUGGCUAUGGCUACAUGCAGCCGCCGCCUCCGCAUCCCUAUGCCAUGCCGCCGCCCAUGCCCAUGGCCAUGCCCCCGCACAUGUACCCAGGCUACGGCCAGCCCCCGCAGCCCCCCAAUUAGAACUUUAUGCGCCUUUUUUACUUUUUACU